AUGAAUCCGAUAAUUUUUUAUCAUUUUCCUUUCUCGCCGAAUUCUCGAGGAGCACUUCUUACUGCGAGAAGUCUUAACAUUCAAUUAGAGAUUAAAGAAGUAAAUUUGGUGACAGGAGAGCAAAUGAAGCCAUGGUUUCUUGCAAUCAAUCCUCAACAUGCAGUACCUGUCAUUAACGACAAUGGUCAUAUUUUGACAGAAUCUCGAGCUAUUUCGCAAUAUUUGGUAAACUCGAGAGCUCCGGGAAGUGCAAUGUAUCCAAAUGAUCCGAAACUUCGUUCAAUAGUUGAUCAACGUUUGAGUUUUGAUGCUACUACAGUUUUUGCUCGAAUGGCAAAAAUUCUUGGAGAUAUCUAUAAAGGAGAAACAGAAAUUAAAAAAGAAAAUAUCGACAGUAUCUACGAAGCUUUUAAAUGGCUUGACGACAUUCUUUCUAAAAGUAAAUGGAUGGCGGGUGAUAAUGUAACGAUUGCUGAUACAACUAUGUUGGCUACUCUUUCAACAUUAUUUGUAACUAAAUUGGAUAAAUAUCCUAAACUUCAAAGAUGGUUCGAUCAAUGCAAAGAAAAGUUACCUGGCUUUGAAGAAAAUGCAAAAGCUGUUGAAGGAUAUACUAACUUUUUGAAAAGUAAAUUAACUAAAGGAUUUUAA